AUGCUACAAGCCAUCAAAUAUGACCAGGGUCACCUGGAAAUUCUCGACCAGUUGCAACUUCCCUUCGUUGAAAAAUACAUUCCCGUCCGGAACACGGAGGAUAGCUGGGAUGCUAUCAAGGCCAUGAAGGUCCGAGGAGCACCCGCAAUUGCCAUAGUGGCUAUGCUAGCGCUCUGUUCUGAGCUUCACACACUUGGAGUCGCUGGCAAGAUUCCCAACAACCCGGACGAGACCCGCCAAUUUAUCACUAAAAAGCUGGCCUAUCUGGUAACCAGUCGGCCAACGGCAGUGAAUUUGAGCGACGCAGCUCGCAAGCUGGAAAGUCUGACGACAACGCAGGCAGCACAACCUGGCGUGACUGGACAGGACGUUGCGGAGGCAUUCAUACGUGCUGCACAAGACAUGCUCGGCAAGGACCUCGAAGAUAACCAUCGAAUCGGCCACAACGGCGCAGAAUGGAUUAUGAGGAACGCUGCAAAGGCAGGCAGCUCCCAGGUCGCAGUUCUGACGCAUUGUAACACCGGCUCCCUUGCUACCUCGGGCUAUGGUACUGCGCUUGGCGUGAUCCGAUCCCUAGCAUCUCAGAGCCUUCUACGACAUGCGUACUGCACGGAAACAAGGCCUUACAACCAAGGAUCCCGGCUGACGGCAUUUGAAUUGGUUCAUGACAAUAUUCCUGCUACUCUGGUAACAGACUCAAUGGCUGCAGCCUUGCUCGCGGAUACUGGUGCAGGUGUAAACGCUAUUGUUGUCGGGGCAGACCGAGUUGCUGCAAAUGGUGAUACGGCCAACAAGAUUGGCACAUACGGCCUAGCCGUCCUGGCCAAGCAUCAUGGUGUCAAGUUUCUUGUGGCAGCACCUCUCACGACCAUUGACCUAGCCACGAAGUCAGGAGCCGAUAUUGUGAUUGAACAGCGCCCAUCAUCAGAAGUGACCAGCAUCAAGGGGCCGCGUGAAGACGCUGUCAGUGACAAUGGUGUAAUCCUAGAAACCGUUUGCAUUGCAGCACCGGGAAUUGGUGUCUGGAACCCUGCCUUCGACAUGACACCUUCGGCACUCAUUGAUGGUAUCAUCACUGAAAAAGGUGUGGUCGAAAAAGGCCCCGAUGGACAAUUCCACAUGGCCGCAUUGUUUAAUGAUCAUCUCCCUCGGGAUUAG